UUUGAUUAUAAAAUGCGAAAUAAGUGAAGUAAAUAACAUUAUUUAUUUAAUAAAUUGAUAGAUAAAGAAGAUGUUAUACUUUGCUCUCUUGCUGCUGAUAACAAUUGUCCAGAUAUUCUGCGAUGAUGACCUUCUUAUUUCUCUACCGAAUGGACAAAUUCGAGGAAUUUCAGUAACUCCUCCUGUUACUGGUGAUCUAACUUAUUAUGCUUAUUUGGGUAUACCGUUUGCUGCCCCACCUGUGGGUAACCUAAGGUUUCAGCCACCACAACCUGUCACCAACUGGGAAGGAAUUCUGGAAGCCAAUAAUAAUUCCGUGUCCUGUUACCAAGUUAAUAAAGAGGAAAAGUAUCAAACAGAAGAUUGCCUUUAUCUAAAUGUUUACACACCACUAAAACCUGAAGAUACCCGAAAACUGCCAGUUCUGGUUUCCAUUUAUGGAGGAACUUUCAUACAUGGUCAUGCUAAUUAUAAUAACAAGCUACCUGCUUUCCUUAUACGUCAAGAUUUGAUUCUGGUUACAUUUAAUUAUCGAGUUGGACCAUUUGGAUUCCUAUCGACCGAUGAUGGAGUCAUUUCUGGUAAUAUGGGUUUGAAAGACCAACAAUUUGCUCUCAAAUGGGUACACGAUAACAUUGAGUACUUUGGUGGAGAUCCACAACAAGUAACUAUUAUGGGUCAAAGUGCUGGUUCAGCAUCCGUUACUUAUAACCUUCUAAGUCCAGGAUCUAAAGGAUUGUUCAGAGCUGCAAUUGGUAUGAGUGGUUCAGCUUUGUGUACCUGGGCGUACCAAAGAAAUGCUGAACAGAUAGCUUAUGGAAUUGCUGCGGAAAUUGAUCCGACGUUUAAUGUAACCAGAUCCACUGAGGAGUUACUAGAGUUUCUAGUAAGUGUGGACGCAUCUUCGAUAGUCGCCACUGGCAAUAAAUAUAAAGUAUUUGCGCCUGUAAUAGAGCCACCUCACGAAGGUGCUUUUAUUUCUGAUUCGAUGUAUACUUUAGUAGAAAACGGCACAUUCAAUCAAGUGCCGGUUCUCAUGGGUUUUAAUUCAGAAGAAGGUAUAGGAGUAGCUAGCGAUAUGGAAUCAUGGAAAAAACGUGUCCAAGGUUAUGAUGAUAAUCCUAGUUUACUAGUUGAUUCUGAUAUGUACAUCUUUAACAGUGAUAUUAAAUGGGAAGUAGGUAAUAAAAUAAGAAGUAUCUACGUAGGAGAUCAGCCAUUUGGUGAUAAUGUCGGUAAAGCCGUUCAGUAUUACAGUGACAACAAAUUUAUCCGAGCAAUUAUAAAAUUUGCUGAAUUACUUUCGAAGCAUGUUGAUCUACACUUUUACGAAUUUACAUAUCAUGGAGAAUUGGGACAAAACAACAUUUCAAUUCCAGGUAUUGGUAAGGUUGUACACGGUGAAGAUCAAAAAUAUUUUUGGGCUUAUUACGAUAACUACGACCAGUAUCCCGAAUCAGAUAAGAAAGUUCUUCAAAGAUACGUCACAUUGAUGUGUAAUUUUGUAAAAUAUCUGAACCCUACUCCUACAAAUGAUGAGCUAUUUGACAACAUCAUAUGGCCAUCCGUAACUGAAGGCGAUUUCACUUAUUUGGAUAUCGGAGAAAAUUUAAAUUUAUAUAAAAAUCCACGGAAUUUCUCAUACGGAUCAUGGGUGGAUUUAUACGAACAAUAUGCUCUGAAACCAUAUAUUUCCUUCUAAGAAAAAAAAAAUAAAACUUGUGAUUUAAA